AUUUGCGAUAAGAAAAGGAUGUGUGAUCCGUGCUCUAAAAAACCUUCCGAUAAAGAGUCAUGCAACAAAAAACAAGAUAAUACAAAAUUAGGAAAAAGAAAGUCCACAUCCGAACGAUUUUCUUUGAAAAACAUUUAUUAUUCUUUAUCUUUUUCAUCAGCUAUGGAAUAUUUUAAAAAAAUGUUUCCAAGCAGAAAGAAAAAAUCCAGCGACCUACCAAGAAAAUCAACACCAAACGACGUAAUGAAUUUGAUAUCAGUGAUAGAGGAUAGAAUCAAGGAAUUUUAUGCUGUAGUUACAAAGAAGAUUACAAACUUUUUGGAUAAUGAUAUUGCAAAAUUAAAGAAUCAUUCCAAAGAGGAAAUAGCGAAAACUAAAAUUGCAUUAAGCGAGUAUUCGACGGCACUACAAAAGAUUUCUGAAGAGAAACUGCAACAUAUAGCAGAGUUAAAGCAUAAAUAUCAGACAAAACUUAUGACGUUAGAAGAGGCGAAGAUUUUUGUUAAGUUUUUUGAGGAAAAAAUGACGGAAGUAAAGAAAUUGACAGAAGAGAUGAUUUUAAAAAUAAGUAAAGCCGAUAGCACACCAUUUGCAAAAGAGUUGCAAAUCAUAGUGAAAGAUAACGGAGAGAAAAUGAAAUCUGCAGUGGACGCUCUGCUUAGGAAUGUCAAGGAAGGAGUUUCAAAAGUUGAAGACAUAAUGAAAACUAUCCCUGUUCAAAAGACCGUCAUAUCGAAAUUACCAAAGAUAAUAAAGAUUCCCCGAAUUGCGUUUCCGAAAAUGAGUGAUUUUAAAUUAUUCAAAAAAGGCAACGCUCCUCCUGAUUUAUCGAAAGCCACAGAAACGUCACCCAAGAAACCAUUGAUACCAAUAGUUUUAAAAAAUAAAUUUCCACAUCUAAAUUUGACCAAGCAUUUUAAUUCUGAAACCGUAUACGGCAGAGCUAACGUAGCAAAAGCAACAUAUGCUGGAAUUCUAAUCUGGUAUCUAUACAGAAAAGUAAAAAAUGCAAGAUCUUAAUAUCAAAAAAAAAUAUUCAUACGUAACAAGCAAUAUGCAUGCAGAAUCACAGUCAGUAUUCAAAAAUAUAG